GUGCACAAGAUGGAGGUGUAAGGCAGAGGGUUGAUUUUUAGGAAAAAAAAAAAAAGUCCUUCCUUAAAAAGAGGAGGGGGGAAGAAUCAGACGUUAAAUUCUUUUGCAAACAUUCAUGCCUAAGGAAGGGCAGCCCCGGCCGCCGGAACCGGUCGGACAGGUAGCGAGCUUGUUGACACCGUUAUGUUGCAGGGCGCAUGCUCACUCCCAAGUUUCCUGGUGCCUUUUCUAUUCCACCUUAUGAAACUUUUUCCCCGGCGGUCUCACGCGCGAUUUAAGGCAUAGGUGUCGCUGAGCCCGGAGGCUGCGAGUCACCGGGAGUGAAGGGGAGAGGCCCGGGCAGCGCGGCGGGAGGUGCAGGAAGAGAGCACGCUAGGCGGGAAGGUGGGCUCAGGACUCCGAUAGCCCGGGAACCUAGGCGCCACCGCCGCUACUAGCGGGGAGCUGCCGGGAGGAGGGGGCCGCAGUCGGGAGAGGGGAUCCCACCAUGCCCAAAGUCUUUCUAGUGAAGAGGAGGAGCCUAGGAGUCUCGGUCCGCAGCUGGGAUGAGCUCCCGGAUGACAAAAGAGCAGACACUUACAUCCCAGUGAGCCUGGGCUGUCUACUACGCGACCCCCCCGAAGACUGCCGCAGCGACGGCGGCAGUAGCAGCGGCUGCAGUAGCAGCAGCAGCAGCAGCAGCGCCGGGGAACCCGGAGGGGCCGAGAGCAGCUCGUCCCCGCGCGCUCCGGAACCUGAAACUCCAGAGCUUCACGACGCCGAAGGCCCCGAUGGACACCUGGCAGCGAUGCAGCGCCCAGUUGCCAGGUCAAAAAUCAAGUUUACCACCGGCACCUGCAGCGACUCUGUGAUUCACAACUGUGAUCUGUGUGGCAAGAGCUUCCGCCUGCAGCGCAUGCUCAACCGUCACCUCAAGUGCCACAGCCAGGUAAAGAGGCACCUGUGCACCUUCUGUGGCAAGGGCUUCAAUGACACCUUCGACCUGAAGAGGCACGUGCGCACACACACAGGCAUUCGCCCCUACAAAUGUGAGGUCUGUUACAAAGCCUUCACCCAGCGAUGUUCCUUGGAGUCCCACCUGAAAAAGAUCCACGGUGUCCAGCAACAGUAUGCCUACAAGCAGCGACGGGACAAACUCUAUGUGUGUGAGGAUUGCGGCUACACGGGCCCCACCCAGGAGGACUUGUACCUGCACGUGAACAGUGCCCAUCCAGGUAGCACAUUUCUCAAAAAGACUUCCAAAAAAUUGGCAGCCCUCCUGCAGAACAAGCUGACGUCUCCGCUGCAGGAGACUUCCACCCUGAGUGAAGAGGAGGAGAAAAAGUGAGGAGCAAGCGGAAGUAGAGGAGAAAUGCCCGGUGCCGGUUUACUCGGACUUUUGGUCUGAGGUGUACCCCUCCUCUGCUCCACUGGUUCUUUUUAGUGACAAGUAUUCAUCCCAUCUCUCUUCUCUUUUUGGACAUCAACUGUAAGAAGCACCCCAAAGUUGUCAAUCAUUCUGCCACAACAGGCCCU